GCAGCAUGGUGCAACCGUGGUGGAAACGCAGUCGAGAGAAUCGGGACCAGUAGAAGUCCAGUCACGAUCCAUAGCUUCACGCAGGCCAGAAGGAGCAAAUCUGAAGGAGUCGAGUGGAGUCAGGAUGACGAGGACGAUGUCGCUGACCAUGACGCUCACACGCAAUCCCCGUUUAGUCAAUUUUGUGUUCCUUGUCUUUAGCGCGACCCUGACCAACGCCCAAUUCCGAUGCCCGGAUGAAAAGGGUUUCUUUGCUGAUCCACAGCAGUGCGAUCUGUAUUAUUUCUGUAAUGAAGAAGGACACGCAGAGGAAAGACUCUGCAAGGAUGGACUCGUUUUCAGGGACGACAACCCCAAGAAAGACUUCUGCGAUCUUCCAGCCAACGUGCCCUGUGGCGAUCGCACCCUUCUUCAGGAACCCCAAAGUUCGAAGCUAUGUCCGAGAGCAAACGGAUAUUUCAAACAUGAGGAUCCUGAUUCCUGUGAUAAAUUUGUUAACUGCAUCGAUGGUGUUGGCUCUGUGAUGUCAUGUCCGCCUGGCCUCGUAUACGAGGACAAAAUGUCCAGUUGUGUUUGGGCCCAAGAUUCCACGAGAUUGUGCGAUGCCAAUAAACGUGAAAUUCUUGAUGAUGGUUUUAGUUGUCCUGAGGGAGACGUAGCAGGACCUCAAGGAAGAAUUCUUCCCCAUCCCACUUAUCCUCACCCAGAAGACUGUGCCAAAUUUUAUAUUUGCAGAAAUGGCGUUGUUCCGCAAAAGGGGCAGUGCGAAAAUCAAACUGUUUAUAAUGAAGAAAGCUUUAGGUGUACCGACCCUGAAUUAGUCCAAGGAUGCGAGGAUUACUACAAGCAGAGGAACUGAGUCAAUCGCAACAGGUGUCAGCUUUAGCGAUACGUAAUGUUUAACUUUUGCUCAUAAGAAUAAUAAAUUUAUAUUUUACCUUACGUAAGAUAUAUUACCGCUUUAUUAUGAGUUUGUCGUAAGCGAUAAAUACUUUUUCUUUUACGGAAGUAAAUUAUUAUCUUCGUCGAAAUUUUCGAUGAGAACACACACAAACAUCUAAUCUGCCUAUUAAAAAUCACAAAAUCCAGCCAUUUUCUUAAACUAAAAAGUAGAUGAAAUAAUAAAGAAUAAAAAAUGUCAAAGAAAGACAGCGACAAAAAUGCAAAGUAUUUAAAUUUUUCCUUCAAUAUUUAUUUUAAGUUAAAGAGAUAUAAAAAUACUUUUAGAAAAACAAAUCAUUUAUAAGACUCUUUGCAUAUCCAGCCGUUCAGUUCUUACACAAAUGAGUUUAACAUGUACUAAACAAUUCAAUUUUAUCAUUUCCAUUUCCUAUUUUCAUAUUCAUUUCUGUUACUUAUAAUUAGUCAAAUAGAUUGACUAUGUAUUUAUUUCAAUAAAACAUAAGGAUUUUGUAC